AUGUCACACAUGAAAAAUUCCAGUUUGAAAGUGACAAGUCUGGAUAUCAAAAUGUAAGAAGAAAUUGAAAGUCGCCCAAAGAAAGGCGAAAGAAAUAAACAAGGGGUGAAAAAAUGUUGGCUACAAAAGCUUUCCCAGCUGCCCAUGAAGAUCUAAUUCACGAUAUCGAAUACGAUUUUCAUGGAAGACGAAUGGCAACAUGUUCAAGUGACCACACUGUAAAGGUGUGGGAUUGUGAUGAAAAUGAUCAAUGGCAAUGCACAGCAAGCUGGAAAGCUCACAAUGGGUCAGUGUGGAGAGUAACAUGGGCACAUCCGGAAUUUGGUCAAGUUAUUGCAACUUGCUCAUUUGAUAGAACGGCAGCUAUAUGGGAAGAAUUAAUUGGUGAUCAGGCUAAAGAUGGGAAGACACAAUGGGUUAGAAAGACAAGUCUGGUAGAUAGUAGAACUUCAGUUACAGAUGUAAAAUUUGGGCCUAGACAUCUUGGUUUACAACUGGCGACAUGUUCAGCUGAUUGUAUUGUACGUAUUUAUGAAGCACAGAAUGUAUUAAAUCUAAGUCAGUGGUCGUUGCAAUAUGAAAUACAGUGUGGUAUAACUUGUAGCUGUCUGUCAUGGAAUCCAUCAUUGUCCAGACUGCAUCCAAUGAUGAUAGCUGUAGGUAGUGAUGACCCAUCCCCGGCUACUGGAGGAAAAGUACAUAUAUAUGAAUAUAGUGAAAAUAGUCGGAAAUGGAAGAGAGUAGAGAUUAUACCUGUGUCUACAGAACCAGUACAUGAUUUAGCUUUUGCUCCAAAUCUAGGUCGUUUGUAUCAUACACUAGCUGUAGCCUCUAAAGAUCUCAGUAUUUUCAGUAUUAAACCUCUGGGUAAAGAAUCUUUAGGCUCAGGUGGAAUAAGUAAAUUUGAAAUGCACAGAGUUGCAGAAUUCUCAGAUCACGAAUCACAGGUAUGGAGAUUAAGUUGGAAUGUUUUAGGAACAGUUUUAUCUUCAUCUGGUGAUGAUGGCAGAGUUCGAUUAUGGAAAGCUAAUUAUGCGGGAAAGUGGAAAUGUAUACAGGUUAUAAAUGGUAAUGGACAGAAAAUAUCAACAACAAAGGACAGUAAAAUAGUUACGGUUACAUCUAGCAAUAAUCAGACACAGAGAAUAUACCAAGUUCAUCCUGUUUGAAUAUAAACUUUUCAAAUAUCUGAUAUUGUAAUGCCAGUGGCAGUUAAUUUCAUAGUAUCCAGCUACCUAUUUGAUAGUUAACAGAGAAAAUGUUUGAUAAGCUUAAGAUUUGAUCAGAAUGUACUUUAUUGGAAAAUAAACUAAAAAUGUGUUUAA